AUGGCGCGGUCGAACUCAUCAGGGCCAGGAGCCGUCAACGUCUCUCCAGCGGCGCUCGAAGCCAAAAGGCGCGGGUCGUCCUCCGACGUCAGAGCCUUGGGCGUCUGCGCGUUUGUCGACCAAGUCUCGGGGACUCCACAGCCCUCGGGCGACUUGUGUCUCAAUCCCAGCCUCUUCCGAGGACUUGAGACACUGGUGUCAAACUGCCCCACGUGCGCCGAAACCAGGGUGCAGUGCUCGGAACCUAUGCUGCCGUCAGCCACUCCAACUCGGCCUUGGGAAGAGGUGGGCGUCGAUCUGUUUCAUUUGAACGGCCAGGACUACGUCCUUCUGGUGGAUUACCGGUCACGCUUCCCGGAGGUCAUCAGCCUGCGCUCUACGUCAGCACCUGCGGUGAUCAACGUCAUCAAGAGCGUCUUCGCGCGCCACGGGACCCCAAGACUGGUGCGCAGCGAUAAUGGUCCUCAGUUUGCUGCAAGAGAGUUCUCCGCCUUCGCCGAUUCCUAUGGUUUCCGCUACGUCACUAGCAGCCCCCAUUUUCCACAGUUCAACGGGGAGGUGGAAUGGAUGGUGAGGACGGUUAAGGACCUGCUGCGGAAGGCGGAUGAUCCUUACCUUGCGCUCCUGGCAUACCGCGACAUCCCUGGGGUAAACGGAGUGAGCCCUGCUCAGCUGCUCAUGGGCAGACGCCUACAGACCCGGGUACCGAAGGCGUCGCAUCAGCUGGAGCCUACCUGGCCGCCGUCGGUCCCAUUCACUCGGCGUGAUCAAGAUAACCGCAGGCGCCAAGUGUCUGACUUCAACAGAAGACACGCGGCUCAUGAACUGCGGCCUCUUCAGGCAGGCGAGCAGGUCUGGGUACGGGACGUCAACUCCCCCGCGAUCGUCAUGGGGCCAGCACAACGCCCUCGCUCCUACGUGGUGGAGACUCCCACAGGUGUACUCCAGCGCAACCGGAUGCACCUGGUUCCAACGACGGGACGUCCUGCGGAAGACACUACCAGUACGCCUGGAACUCCCGCGGCGGCGCAGACCGCCAUGUCCCCAACAACGCCUGGAGCUGAUCAAGCAGCCCAAGACCAGGAAACCGCAUCGCCUCGGGAAAGCACCUCCUCUGCAGAUGCACCCUGCGGUUCUCCUUCAACGCCACGCUUCUCUAGGUUCGGCAGAAAGAUACACAGUCCGAGAAGGCUCGACCUAUGA